AUGGAGCAUGGAAAUCCAUCGACAAGUAAAAUCGAAGGAUCAUAUAAAAAGCGUAAAAUUAAGGCAUUUAAACAAUCAUGGUUAGAAAAUGAGAAAUUUAAAGAUUGGUUAAUAUUACACUCUGACGGUACGAGGGCUUAUUGUACUGCGUGUGGUAAAAUUCUUGCGUGUGGUAAAUCCGAAUUGAUUAAACAUGCAGUUCGAAAGAUUCAUAUAUCUAAUAUUAGUAGACAAAAAUUAGAUAAAAUUAGUAAUAACACGUCCGGUAAUUUAUUCAAUAAACUUGUAAAUGAUAAACCUGUCUCAUCGUUUACUACAGAAAGUGUGGACUAUGUAGAGAAAGUAAAACUAGCCGAAAACAAAUUAGCAACAUUUUACGCGGAAUAUGAUGUAGCUCUGGAUUCGUUGAAUCAUAUGGUCUUUUUGUUGCAAGAUCUUUGCAUACAACCACAAAUAAUAAAUGAUCUUACAUUGUCACGAAGGAAAUGCACGCAAAUUAUAAAAAAUGUGAUUGCGAGCGACGGCAUUGAAUACGAGGUUGGUCAAUGCGAGUAACCAUCUGAUUUGUAUCCGGCUACAAGAUAAACCCGUAAUGGAUUUGAUGUCGACUUCCCCGAAGGUAACCGACUUAGUGACGGACUGGAAAGUCGUCCAGGGAAUUGAAACCCUGUCAGACCACCUAGACAUAGCCUGCAGAAUCGGCAGCUCACCAGCGCGAUAUUUGAGAUUUAAGAAACCCAAAUAUCCUAGAUGGGAUAUGCAUGCUAUGGACUACACGUUACUAGUGGAAUGGAUGCUCUGGCACGACACUGCAAUGAUCCCGAAUAUGAUAUCGGCUGAGAAGUUUGUGACCUGGAUUUCGAGCGUAAUAACCAACGCAUGUAAUCUUGCUGCCCCUAGAAUUAACAGCAAACAAUCCUGCUGGUGGAGUGCUGAAAUUGACACGUUGAGGGCUGAAUCUAACUAUACCCGUCGGGUUUGGAAAAGAGCAAACAGGAGUGCGAAUCAGGCCAGGAGAGAGCACACAGAGGAGCUUUAUAGAACAGCUAAGAAGAAAUAUAAGGAAGCAAUCUAUCAAACCAAGGAAGCGACAUGGCAAAACCUACUAAACACUGUGAAAACGGACCCCUGGGAUCUUCCUUAUGAAAAAAAAUUAUAUGUGAGCUGCUACCUACGAAGAGGAUGUAUGGAUAUUACUGAGAGCUUAGACAAGAACGUUCUCGAUUCUCUUUUGAGGUCUUUCUUUCCUACCAAGGUCUCACAUGUCCCUUCCAAAGAGACACAUAAUGUCGGAACAUGGGAUAAUGCUUGGGAUGUGCAACCCUCUGAAGUUAAAAUGGCCAUUGCCAAAAGUAGCGGAAAUUCCGCUCCGGGUCCUGACGGAAUCCACGCCUCCGUACGGAAAAAGAUGCCGGAGAUGACGGUGCUGCAAUUUACUAGUUGUAUAAACACUUGUCUGAAGGAAGGUGUUUUUCCGAAGCGCUGGAAGAGAGCAUUCUUGAUCUUGAUUCUUGAAGAAACCCCUCUCGACCGGAGUGGGCCGAGGAUUUGGCCCAUAUGUUUACUCAACGAGGCCGGUAAAAUUUUCGAGAGAGUCCUGGCUGUACGGAUCAAGAACUGGAUAGACGAACACGCUGCAGCCACUCUUAGCUCGAACCAAUUUGGCUUUCGUGAAGAUAGAUCCACAUGCGACGCUGUAUUGCAAGUAAAAGACUAUAUUCAAAAGGCCUGGCAGGAAGGGAAUGUUGUAGUUUUGGUAAAUCUUGAUAUUACAAAUGCUUUCAACUCGCUCCCUUGGCCUAUGAUCAGUAAGGCCUUGGAAGUUCAGGGAUUCCCUAUAUAUAUACGCUAAAUUAUAGAUAGUUAUCUGUCUUCACGAUCCAUCGAAUGUCAAACCAGAGAUGGUUCAAUCUGGAAAAGGAAAAUCACAGCAGGGAUUCCGCAAGGUUCUAUAUUGGGGCCUCUACUUUGGAAUAUCACUUUCGACGAAAUCCUUAGGAUUCAAAGGAACAGGGGGUGCCGUGUCAUUGGCUACGCAGA